AUUUCUGUCAAAAGUUGUGUUGAUCGAACGAAAACAUUCAUAAACAUUGCAGACAAAGUAUUGUAAGGAACUGGAAAAGAUAAUAAUAAAGAAAGAAAAUGUCGUCAUCAAAACAUAAAAACACAGCGAAACCCGAAGCGUCAUCAUCCUAUGGUCAUGGAUGGUCUCCUCAACAAGCAGCUUUAAUCUAUGAAGUGAAAAGAUAUUAUCCCCAUGUUGUUUCUGAAGACCUAAAUAAAGUAACUAAAAAGCCUUUUUGUAACUGGAGGGCAAUUUCUGAAAAAAUGUGUUUAUCAAGAACCGUUUGUAGUACUGACUGGUCUCGGAUAAGGAAUAAGUAUACAAAGUUAAUAAUUUUACUACAAUCUGGUAAAAUAACACAUGAAGAUAUUUCAAACAACCCAUUUCUACAAAAAUAUUUUGAUGGAUCUCUUAAAUUUUUAAACAACUAUUGUUUAAAUGUCACUGAUGCUGAUCUGCCUGGAUCUAUAAAUAAGUGGGGUAACAACUUAGUUCACAAAAUAGAACAUGACAAGGUAUUGCAUUCACAAAAAAAUCGGUCAAAAUGUAAAAUAAUUACACAUGAUCAAGUUAAAGAGAUGUUAUCAAAACGAGAAACAGAGAAAAAGGAUGUCAUAAGUAAUGAAGAUGAAGAUAUUUAUUACUUACAAAGAACAAUCCAAAAUAUGAUAAACUACAAAUUAAAUGAAUUUAUCAAUGGUAAUACUAAUACAUUUAAUAAAAAUAACAAGAACACUAAUACUGUUAUAACAAUAGAUUCGGAUUCAGAAGAAGACAUUGAAGGUGCUGCAGUAAACUUAGACAGUGAAGUAACAACUGAUGAUGCUAUAGAACAAAAUGUCGAAGAUGCCAUUACAAAUGAAACUAUGGCAGUUGGAAGCACAAUAAACAAAGAUUAUGUAUGGGAAGGAACAAUCCAAAAUCUGAUAAACUACAAAUUAGGUGGUGAAGUUAUCAAUGACAAUUCUAAUACACUUAAUAAUAAACUAGGUAAAAAUAAUAAUUCAGAAGAAAACAUUGAAUAUUUGACAGUAUUUAAAAGGACAAUAGACAAAUACGGUGCUAGGAAAAAAAACUGCAUUUUAGAAAAUAAAAAGAAGGCCAUAAAAUUAUUACCUAGAGAAGUGAUGCUGAAAGAUGAUAUUAUUAUAGAAGAAAAUAUCAUGGAUACUAAUACAAAUGACAGUAUGGGAGUUGAAAGCACAAUAAAUACAGAUGAGGAUUAUGAAGACAAUAUACCAUUACAUAAUUUAAAGAGACUUUUAAAUAAACAUAAUGAAGUUAUAUUGGAAGAUGAUGAUAAUGAAGAACAAAUCGAAGAUGCCACUACAAACGAAACUAUGGAAGUUGAAAGCAGGAAAAACAAAGAUGAUGUAUGGGUAGGUAAAAUUAUAAAUGAAAGAACAAUAAACGAAUAUGAUGCAUGGAAAGAAAAGAAACCACUAGAAAGUAUAAACUUACAUAGUGAAGUUAUACUAACACAUGACAUUAAGAAAGAGAAUAUUGAAACUAACACUCUAGAUGAAAACGAAAUAAAUAGAGAUGAUGCAUGCGAACAAAGGAAAAGGAUGUCUAUGAACUUGCAUAGUGAAGUUAUACUGAAAGAUGACAUUAAGGAAGAAAUUGAAGAAGCCACUGCAAACGAAACUGAGGAAGUUGAAAACACAAUAAAUAAAGAUAAUGCAUGGGAAGGUAACACUGUAAAAGAAGAUGAUGCAUGCGAAAAAAGUAAAGGGAAUAGUAUAGAUUUACACAGUGAAAUUAUACUGCCAGACGAUAUUAAGGAAGAAAAUACUGAAAAAGAAACCUCUAUAAAUGUGUCUAUGGAAGUUCAAAGUCCAGUAAACAAAAAUGGUGUAUUAGAAGUAAAUAAGAAGAAGGCCAUGAAAUUCUUACAUAGCGAAAUUAUGCUGGAUGAUGUUGUUAAGGAAGAAAAUAUUAUAGUUAACAGUAUAGAUGAAAGAAUGGAGGUUGAAAGUAAAAUAAAUGAAGAUGGUGCAUGCGAAAAAAGUAAAGGGAAUCGUAUAGAUUUACACAGUGAAAUUAUACUGCCAGACAAUAUUAAGGAAGAAAAUACUGAAGAAGAAGCCUUUAUUAAUGUGUUUAUGGACAUUCAAAGUUCAGUAAACAAAGAUGGUGUAUUAGAAGAAAAUAAGAAGAAGGCCAUGAAAUUCUUACAUAGCGAAAUUAUGCUGGAUGAUGAUGUUAAGGAAGAAAAUAUUAUAGUUAACAGUAUAGAUGAAAGAAUGGAGGUUGAAAGUAAAAUAAAUGAAGAUGGUGCAUGCGAAAAAAGUAAAGGGAAUCGUAUAGAUUUACACAGUGAAAUUAUACUGCCAGACAAUAUUAAGGAAGAAAAUACUGAAGAAGAAGCCUUUAUUAAUGUGUUUAUGGACAUUCAAAGUUCAGUAAACAAAGAUGGUGUAUUAGAAGAAAAUAAGAAGAAGGCCAUGAAAUUCUUACAUAGCGAAAUUAUGCUGGAUGAUGUUGUUAAGGAAGAAAAUAUUAUAGUUAACAGUAUAGAUGAAAGAAUGGAGGUUGAAAGUACAAUAAAUGAAGAUGAUUCUUUGGAAAAAGAUACACCGCCAGAAAGUUCAAAUCUGAUAAAUAAUGUAGAGGAAAAAAUUAAACAGACUUCAAGUACAAGUUAUGACUUGGAAAAUAAUGAAGAAUUUAGUGAUAAAAAGGUUAGAAAGUUCUUCAAAGAUCUUUAUAACAUUAUAAGUGUAGAACUGUCUUUAGAAAAACAAGAAGAGUUAAAAUCAAGGAUAAAUGAAGUAAUCAAAAAGGUGUGUGUUACACCUCACGACUCAUAAUUGACCUUGUGCCCUUGCAAUGCAUAGAGAAUCGAUAAAUAGUGCCUUACAAGAGCAUGCUAAUUAGCUAAAAGAUAUGAUUGCUUAAAUAAUAAAUCGUUUUCAUUAAAUAAGAAAAAAAAAAACAAAAAAUCGAAGGAAGAAUUUAUUAUGACUCCAUAUCCAAAUGAAAGAUUUAUCCUCACUCACUCCUCACUCAACUAAAUAAAGCAAUGAAUGUUGUUGGCCAAAAUGUUGUAAAGAAACUGCCAAAGCUCAUUGGGAUUUUGCAAACUGUUAAUUUUGUUUGUUGAUUGAACUCAAAAGAAAAUGUAUAAUUCUCUUCUGUGUAAUGUUAUUUUUAAUAUUAAUUAUUAUUAAAAACAAAAUAUUA